AUGACAAAACCUUCGCGUGAAAGAAAGAAAGAAAAUAAUAGAGCCAAUCGACAUCUUGAAAUCCGACCAGAAACAGCUAUAGUUUCACGACACGCGCUUUUCCGAGACUCAUCUGAUGAAGAGGAAGAAGAAAGAGGAAUAGAUGAAGAUGCAGUUAAACGUCUUUCCGAGAGAAUCCAAAGAGACGUGCUAUUCAGUGAAAUCACUUCCGCAAUGAAUAUCGACAACGAUGAUAAUAAGCAAGUAUUUCGUCUUUUUGCACGUGAACCUCCGACGCUAAUUUCAUUGCAUUCAUCUGUCUUCGAUACGUAUAAUGAAAAAAUUGAAAUGAUGAGACAUGGAGACCGCUAUGAAAUGAGCAAUGACUCGGAGCGCGAUAAACGCGUCGCUGCUGCUUGCAUAACUUAUGCAGAUAUUUUACGUGAAUCUCGAAUUCCGUGGGAAAGACAUUUCUUUCCACAGAGAAGGCCACUAGGAGGUUAUGAUCAUCAAUAUGGCUGGAUACCGUAA